UUCUAAAGAGAAGGCUGUUAGGAAGAUUUUUAAAAACAGAAGAGGACUGACGCGCAAGAGACUGGAGAAAAACACGUCAAGCUUGUUGUUUUUGUUUUUUGUUAAAUCAUCCUAUGAACUCUUGAGCAUUUACCGGAAGAUAACACACAGCUGAAAAUACAGGACAGAUACCUGGAGGAAGGGGCAGAGUCCUUACAUAGAUUGCUGUGAGACAGUGAACCUCUGCCGUCUUCAUGGAGGCGAGUAUCCUAGAGGUUCUUGGCCGAUGAUGACAGUGUCACACCCAACAGUGCCUCUGAAUCCCUGCCAUGUGUCCUUCACACGGUGACCUCUGAUGUCCUCGGUUAAACUCAGAACUGAACCAUGGUCAUUCUGCAGCAGGGGGACUAUGUGUGGUUGGACCUUAAGACAGGUCGGGAGUUUGACGUCCCAGUCGGAGCUGUGGUGAAACUGUGCGACUCUGGACAGAUCCAGGUUCUGGAUGACGAAGGCCAGGAACACUGGAUUUUUCCUCAGAAUGCCACCAACAUCAAGCCUAUGCACCCGACCUCCGUCCAUGGCGUGGAGGACAUGAUCCGACUGGGCGACCUCAAUGAAGCUGGCAUCCUCCGCAACCUUCUCAUCCGCUACAACGAACACGUCAUCUAUACGUACACGGGAUCUAUCCUGGUCGCGGUAAAUCCUUAUCAGCUGCUUCCCAUUUACACUCCGGACCAGAUCCGUCUCUACACCAACAGGAAGAUCGGAGAGAUGCCACCGCACAUAUUCGCCAUUGCAGACAACUGCUACUUCAACAUGCAAAGGAACAACAAGGAUCAGUGCUGCAUCAUAAGUGGCGAAUCUGGAGCCGGGAAAACCGAGAGCACGAAGCUGAUUCUCCAGUUCCUGGCGGCCAUCAGCGGUCAGCAUUCCUGGAUAGAGCAACAGGUCCUGGAGGCCACGCCCAUCCUCGAAGCUUUCGGUAACGCCAAGACAAUCCGUAACGACAACUCCAGUCGCUUUGGGAAGUACAUAGAUAUACACUUCAACAAACGAGGAGCCAUCGAAGGGGCCAAAAUAGAGCAGUACCUGCUGGAGAAGUCUCGUGUCUGUCGACAGGCUCUGGAUGAGAGGAACUACCACAUUUUUUACUGCAUGUUGAAGGGCAUGGCUCCGGAGAUGAAGGCUAAACUGGGUCUGGGCCUGGCCAGAGACUACGCCUACCUCACCACGGGUAACUGUACUGAAUGUGACGGCCGUGACGACCUUGCUGAUUAUUCCAGCAUCCUUUCAGCCAUGAAGGUCCUCAUGUUUAGCGAGACGGAGAACUUGGAGAUUUCGAAGCUGCUGGCUGCCAUCCUGCAUAUGGGCAACCUGCGAUUUGAGGCUCGUACAUAUGACAACCUGGACGCCUGUGUGGUUGUGAGAUCUCCUGACCUGGUGACUGCUGCUUCACUCAUGGAGGUGGAGCCAAAGGACGUGAUGGUGUGUUUGACCACUCGAACCCUCAUCACUCGGGGUGAAAGUGUCACCACGCCCCUAAGUGUGGAACAAGGCCUGGAUGUCAGAGAUGCCUUCGUCAAGGGGAUCUACGGCAGGCUGUUUGUCUGGAUUGUAGAUAAAAUUAACGCAGCCAUUUACCGACCUCCUUCCUGCGAGAGCAGUGUUAUAAGAAGGUCAAUCGGACUGCUGGACAUCUUUGGCUUUGAGAACUUCGUUGUCAACAGCUUUGAGCAGCUGUGCAUCAACUUCGCCAACGAGAACCUGCAGCAGUUCUUCGUUCGCCACGUCUUCAAGCUGGAGCAGGAGGAGUACAACCUGGAGGACAUCAACUGGCAGCAUAUUGAGUUCACAGAUAACCAGGAUGCUCUGGACAUGAUCGCCAACAAACCCAUGAACAUCAUCUCCCUCAUUGAUGAAGAGAGCAAGUUCCCAAAGGGGACCGAUGCGACGAUGUUGUAUAAACUCAACUCACAGCACAAGCUCAAUCACAACUACAUCCCUCCUAAAAACAGCUACGGAACCCAGUUUGGCAUCCAACACUUUGCUGGAGUGGUGCAUUACGAGUCCAGAGGAUUUCUGGAGAAAAACCGCGACAGCCUUCACACCGACAUCAUCCAGCUCGUCCACUCGUCCAAGAACAAGUUUAUCAAGCAGAUCUUCCAGGCUGAUGUUGCUAUGGGUGUGGAAACAAGAAAGCGUUCUCCAACUCUGAGCAGCCAGUUCAAACGUUCCCUGGAGAUGCUGAUGAGGACGCUCAGCGUGUGCCAGCCGUUCUUCGUUCGCUGCAUAAAACCCAACAAGUCCAAGAAACCCAUGUUAUUUGACAGAGAGCUGUGUAUCCGCCAGCUGCGCUACUCCGGGAUGAUGGAGACCAUCCGGAUUAGGAGAGCAGGUUAUCCCAUCAGAUACACCUUUGGCGAAUUCGUGGAUCGAUAUCGAGUCCUGAUGCCUGGAAUCAAACCUGCUCACCUACAGGAGGACCUGAAGGGAACCUGUCAGCAGAUAGUCUCAGUCCGGCUGGGAAAACAGGAAGACUGGCAGAUUGGAAAAACAAAGAUUUUCUUAAAGGACCACCAUGACAUGCAGCUGGAGAUUGAGAGAGAUAAAGCCAUCACUGAUAAAGUUAUCCUCAUCCAGAAAUCUGUGCGUGGACUGAAAGCGAGGACAAACUUUAUCCGACUCAGGAGCGCUGUGGUUUUUAUUCAGAAGGUUUGGAGGGGUUAUAUGAGCAGGAAGAAUUACCAUAUUAUGAAGUCGGGCUUCAUUCGCCUUCAGGCGGUCUGCAGGUCCAGGAAGUACUACCGAAGUUACCGGAUCACUCGCCGCCGCAUCACUCUCAUCCAAGCCCGCUGCAGAGGCUUCCUGAUCCGGCUGGCCUUCUGGAGACGUCUCCAAGCCGUGUUGACCAUCCAGGCCUACACCAGAGGCAUGAUAGCCAGACGCCUCUGCCAGAGGCUCAGGGCCGAGCGGCAGCGGCGCCUAGAAGCCGAACGGCAACGCCUUGCCGAGGAGGAGCAGCUGCGGAACCAGAUGACGGUUCGGCGGGCCAAGGUCGAGGCCGAGAGGAAACAUCAGGAGCGUCUCUUCCAGCUGGUCCAGCAGCAGGAGGAGCAGGAGAGGGAGGAGAAGGAGGAGGCGAGGAGGAAGAAGGAGCUGCUGGAGCAGAUGGAACGGGAGAAGGAGCAGCCCGUCGACCACUCCGACAUGGUGGACCGAAUGUUUGGUUUCCUCGGGGACUCGGGAUCUUUACCAAACCAGGAUGGGCAGGCACCAGCUGGGUUUGAAGAUUUGGAACAAACUCCUUGCGGCGAGGAAGUAGAAGAAGAGAUGCUGAAUGAAGCUCCACCGUUACCCGAGGAGGAGGACGAAGACUUGUCCGAGUACAAGUUCUCCAAGUUCGCUGCCACCUACUUCCAGGGUCUUUCCACUCACACCUACAUCAGACGGCCGCUGAAACAACCUCUGCUGUUUCACGAGGAUGAAGGAGACCAGCUGGCUGCCUUGGCGGUGUGGAUCACCGUGUUGAGAUUCAUGGGCGACCUGGUGGAGCCAAAAUGCCAAAUGGUCCUCAUUGACGGCACCGAGAAGAUUCCCGUCAUGACCAAGAUCUACGAAACCCUCGGCAAGAGGACCUACAAGAGGGAGCUGCAGGAACUGCAGGUGGAAGGAGAGAACAGCUCCAUAGAUUCUCAGAAGAGGAACAGUGUCAGACAUAAACUGGUGUCUCUAACUCUGAAGAGGAAAUCAAAGAUAACAGAAGAGGUCACCAGGCGGCUCACAGAGGGUGCGGACUACAGCCUUCAGGGGAACAGCAUGCUAGAGGAUCGACCCACCUCCAACCUGGAGAAACUUCACUUCAUCAUUGGAAACGGCAUCUUAAGACCAGCCCUCAGGGAUGAGAUCUACUGUCAGAUCUGCAAACAGCUCACCCAGAACCCGUCCAAGAGCAGUCACGCCCGAGGAUGGAUCCUGCUAUCUCUUUGUGUCGGCUGCUUCGCUCCCUCAGAGAAGUUUCUCAAAUAUUUACGAACGUUUUUGAAAAGCGGACCUCCUGGUUAUGCUCCAUACUGUGAAGAGAGGCUGAGGAGGACGUUUGUGAACCGGACACGAACACAGCCGCCAUCCUGGCUGGAGCUGCAGGCCACAAAGUCUAAGAAGCCCAUCAUGCUGCCGGUCACCUUCAUGGACGGGACGACCAAGACUCUCCUGGCGGACUCGGCCACCACGGCCAGCGAGCUCUGCAACGCUCUGGCGGACAAAAUCAACCUGAGGGACCGCUUCGGCUUCUCUCUGUACAUCGCCCUGUUUGAUAAGGUGUCUUCGCUAGGCAGCGGCAGCGACCACGUCAUGGACGCCGUCUCGCAGUGCGAGCAGUAUGCCAAGGAGCAGGGCGCCCAGGAGAGGAACGCCCCCUGGAGGCUGUUCUUCAGGAAGGAGAUCUUCAGCCCCUGGCAUGACCCCACUGAGGACUACGUCGCCACAAACCUCAUUUACCAGCAGAUCGUCAGAGGGGUGAAGUUUGGAGAGUACCGCUGUGAGAGGGAGGAAGAUCUGGCCGAGCUGGCCUCUCAGCAGUACUUUGUGGAUUACGGCUCAGAGAUUCUCCAGGAACGCCUGCUCAGCCUCAUCCCGUCCUACAUCCCCGACAGAGAAAUCACAGCAACUAAGACUGCAGAGAAGUGGGCUCAGCUCAUCAUCAACUCCCACAAAAAGGGAUUACACCACAAAAAAAGGCUGAACACUCAGAAGGUGAAGGAGGAUGUUGUGGAUUUUGCUCGAUUAAAGUGGCCUUUGCUCUUCUCACGCUUCUACGAGGCCUUUAAGUUCUCAGGGCCCAGUCUGCCAAAGAAUGACGUCAUUGUGGCAGUGAACUGGACUGGGGUUUACUUUGUGGAUGAACAGGAGCAGGUCCUUCUGGAGCUGUCGUUCCCAGAGAUCACAGCCAUGUCCAGCAGCAGAGGGGGUAAGCUGCAGGGUCAGAGUUUCACGUUGGCCACCAUCAAAGGAGACGAGUACACGUUCACCUCCAACAACGCAGAGGACAUCCGGGACCUGGUUGUCAUCUUUCUCGAAGGUCUGAGGAAGAGGUCCAAAUACGUGGUGGGACUGCGGGACUGUCCGAUCCCUGCCGGGGUGGACUCCACCUUUCUGAGUUUCUGUAAGGGGGAUCUGAUCAUCCUGGACGAACACGACGGAGAGCACGUGAUGAACUCCGGCUGGGUUCAUGGGAUCAACGACCGGAGCAAACAGAGAGGACAUUUCCCUGCUGACGCCGUCUAUGUGCUGCCCUCCCUCAGCAGGCCACAGUAUGACAUCGUGGCUCUGGUGACAAUGACUCCUGAUCAGAGGAGAGAGUCUCUCAGUUUGUCUCAGAUGAGUCUUUCUGAGAUGGACAAAUCCAAAGCCUACACACUGGAGGAGUUCUCCUACGACCACUUCAGGACUCCUCCAAAGAGCACCCUGAGCCGAGUGAUGAUGUCCAAAGCUCGAGGGAAGGAGCGUCUGUGGAGCUGCAUCAGAGAGCCUCUCAAACAGCCUCUACUGAAGAAAGUCCUGGGUCAUGAUGAGCUCUCCCAGGAGGCCCUUCUGGCCUUCAUUGCUGUGAUGAAAUAUAUGGGCGACUACCCGUCCAAACGAGUGCGAUCCGUCAACGAGCUCACGGAUCAGAUAUUUGAAGGAGCGCUGAAGGCGGAGCCACUCAAAGAUGAAAUCUACUGUCAGAUUCUCAAACAGCUCACAGAAAACCACAUCAAGUACAGUGAAGAUAAGGGCUGGGAGCUGCUGUGGCUCUGCACUGGUUUGUUUCCUCCCAGUAACAUCCUGCUGCCUCAUGUCCAGAAGUUCCUCCAGGCCAAGAAACACCACCCACUGGCUCCGGACUGCAUGCAGCGGCUGCAGAAAGCCUUACGAAAUGGAUCAAGAAAAUACCCUCCUCACCUGGUGGAGGUGGAGGCCAUCCAGCACAAGACCACUCAGAUUUUCCACAAGGUUUACUUCCCUGACGACUCGGAUGAGGUGUUUGAAGUGGAGUCGAGCACCAAGGCUAAAGAUUUCUGCCACAACAUCUCCGGACGACUGAUGCUCAAAUCCUCUGAGGGCUUCAGUCUGUUUGUAAAGAUCACCGACAAGGUCAUAAGUGUGCCAGAUGGCGACUUUUUCUUCGACUUUGUGAGGCACCUGACUGACUGGAUCAAAAAAGCGAGACAUGGCACUACAGGAGUGGUGCCUUCACUGACCUAUCAGGUGUUCUUCAUGAAGAAACUGUGGACAAACACGGUACCGGGCAGAGACUCUAUCGCCGACUCCAUCUUCCACUAUUACCAGGAACUGCCCAAGUAUCUUCGUGGUUACCACAAGUGUUCGAGGGAGGAGGUGCACCAGCUGGCGGCUCUGAUCUACAGGGUGAAGUUUGAGGAGGAUAAAUCCCAUUUCCAGAAUAUUCCCAAGAUCCUGAAGGACUUUGUCCCUCAGGACCAGAUGCGACUUCUGUCCCCAGAUGACUGGAAGAGGUCGAUCAUGACGCUGUUUAACAAACUGUCUGGGAAAACACCCGAAGACGCCAAACUAUCCUUCUUGAAAAUCAUUUACAAGUGGCCGACGUUUGGCUCCGCCUUCUUUGAGGUCAAGCAAACAACAGAUCCAAAUUACCCAGAAAUUCUCCUGAUUGCAAUCAACAAACAUGGAGUCAGCCUUAUUGAUCCAAAGACUAAGGACAUCCUGACCACACAUCCCUUCACAAAGAUCUCCAACUGGAGCAGCGGCAACACGUACUUCCACAUCACUAUCGGAAACCUGGUUCGAGGCAGCAAGCUGCUCUGUGAGACAUCACUGGGCUACAAGAUGGAUGACCUCCUGACCUCUUACAUCAGCCAGAUGCUGACAACAAUGACCAAACAGCGAACCUCCAGAGGCAACAGCAAGUGAUCGGAUCUCAAUCGGUCCGGCCUGAACUCAAAGACACUCCUGAUGUAAAACCUACCUUUCAUUCAUCUGUCCUGUCUUAAAAACUCACCUUUUGCCUUUAAAAAAAAAAAAUAAAUCACCUCUUCAGAACAGUCACUACCCACACAUUUCACUGUGUUGAACUAUUACAGUUUGUGGAUAACUAAACAGCCUCCCAAAAAUAUUCAUACCCCAGGAAAAUUGUCACAUUACAACUGCAAACCUCAGUGUCUUUGUUGGUGGGUUUUAUGUUACAGACCAACAGUACUGCAUAGUUAUGAUGUGGAGAUAGUUUUCCAGCAGGGACACAGUUGAUGUGAAGAUGGAUGGAGCUAAAUUCAGGACAAUCCUGCUAGAGGCUGCAGAAGACUCGAGACUGGGGAGGAGGUUCACCUUCCAGCUGGACAACCACCCCAAACAUACAGCCACAGGUACAAUGGGAUGGUUUAGAUCAAAGGUGAUAUGUUAGAAUGGCCUAGUCAAAGUUCAAACCUUACUCCCACUGAGAAUCUGUAGCCACACUUGAUAAUUCAUGUUUACGGAGGCUCUCCAUCCAGUCUGACUGACUGAGCUUGAGCCGUUUUUAAAUGAUGAGAAAGUUUCAGUCUCCAGCUGUGCAAAGCUGCUAAAGACGGACCCCAAAAAGCUCAAAGCUGUAAGUGCAGUGAAAGUAUUCAUACAUUUUAGUUUGUAAAACCACACAUCAUUUUCCUUCUUCUUCAGUUAUACACUACUUUGUCUUCGUCUGCAUGAGAGUCCAGUGAAAUACACAGAAGUUUGUAAUAGUAGCUUCCAAGGCACUGUAAAUCGCUGAAGUUCAUAGAAAGGUCAAACCUAUUAAAAAUUACUUUUAAUCCCGGUGCAUCUUACCUGAAAUAGAAACAAAAUAGAUCAGAGGCCCGAUGAGGAAACAUGUCAUCCAAGACUGCUGCAUUUUAUCAUCCAACCAUUUCCAACUUCUAAUUUGGAUGAUUUUUUUUUAUUUACUUCAAUGACUUAUUACUGCAAUAAAAUCUGGACGACUGUGCACCAGAGAAUCUAAUUAUUUUGUGUUCACUCCAAUGAGUUUAACAUGUUUAAUUUUAUCCACCAUUAACCGAUACAGGAUUAAAUUACUGCAUCACAUUGUGAAAUUAAAAAUACCAGACAUCUCCCACAAAAACAUCUAAUAGAUGCCUUUUUUCUUGUUGGAUUUAAAUAUGGUUUCAGAUUAAAUGUGAUUUGUUUUGUUGUGCUACAAAGUUCAGACGCCAUCUUUGUUUCAGUCGCUCAACAGUAGGAUUGGUUUUUGUGUUCUAUGGCUAAAAGGACACUACUGUUUCUAACCUUAUGUUUAAUUAGCAAUAAUUUGAGAGUGAGGUCAUAAUCUCACUUUUUUUUUAACCAUAUCCCUGUACAAAGUACUUUUAUUGAAAAAUGUGACAUGAACUUUAUGUAGCCAUGAAUAAAUUACAUUGUGCAAAGAAA